AGGUGAGUACAUCUUGAGUUCGUAAUCGGUAAUCCUAUGUUUGGUUGUUGACAAAAGACAGGAAAAUGGUGCAUGCCUUCUUCUGUACCUUGUUUUAUACUAAGGGGUCUGUCAAUAUCCCAAAUUCAAAAAUUCAUACCUAAAAGUUGGAAACAGAGUGUCAAACAGGUGGAACCUGAUGAAUCUAUGGUAGAGAACCUUCUGAAAUCCCUUAAAGAUUUUGCAAGCCAGGGAAAUUUAUUGAAAGCUUUCAGUGUCUUCUCUUUAAUUCAAUGCCAUGCCUCUUCUACUGCUUCGCAUCACCUUCUCUUACACCCAAUAUCUUAUGUUAUUGAAUCUUGUACUAGUUUCCGACUUUUUGCCCAAGGCAAACAGCUUCAUGGCCUCAUUGUUUCUUCGGGUUUUGAACAAAACCCGGUUAUUGUUCCAAAGCUUGUUGCUUUUUAUGCAGCCUUCAAUCACCUAGUUGAUGCACACACUAUUACUGAAAAUUCAAACAUUUUGCACCCUUUGCCUUGGAACCUGCUCAUCUCUUCCUACGUUAGAUAUGGAUGUUUUGGGGUGGCACUUUCUGCCUACAAGCAGAUGGUUAGUAAGGGGAUCAGACCGGAUAAUUUCACUUUCCCGUCUGUUCUCAAGGCCUGUGCUGAAGAAAAUGACCUUACUUUUGGAAAGGAGGUUCAUGAGUCCAUAGAUGCUAGCUGCAAUGGGUGGGACUUGUUUGUGCACAAUGCAUUGAUAUCAAUGUAUGGGAAAUCAGGCGAAGUGGUUGUUGCUCGUCAAUUGUUUGACAAAAUGCUGGAAAGGGAUGCUGUGUCUUGGAAUACUAUCAUAAGUGUUUAUGCCUCCAGAGGCAUGUGGGAGGAAGCAUUUCAAAUGUUUGAGAGAAUGCGGUCAGAGAGUGUUCACUUGAAUAUCAUAACUUGGAAUACAAUAGCAGGAGGGUGCAUGCGAACCGGAAAUUUUAAGGGAGCACUUCUGUUGCUUUCUCAGAUGAGAGCUUGUGGAAUUCAGUUAGAUCCAGUGGCAAUGGUUAAUGGUUUGGGUGCAUGUUCACACAUUGGGUCCAUCAGACAAGGGAAAGAGAUUCAUGGUUUCGCCAUUCGAAAUUUUGUUGACGGAUUUGAUAAUGUUAGAAAUGCCCUGAUCACCAUGUACUCCAGGUGCAAUGACCUUAGGCAUGCCUAUCUUAUGUUUCAACUUAUAGAAGCUAAGAGUAUCAUUACUUGGAAUUCCUUGCUUUCUGGUUAUGCCCACUUGGACAGAUCUGAGGAAGCCUCUUUCCUGUUUAGAGAAAUGUUGCUUUCUGGAUUCAAUCCAAAUUAUGUGACAAUUGCCAGCAUUCUUCCCCUCAGUGCUCGGGUGGCAAAUUUACAGCAUGGUAGAGAAUUCCAUUGUUAUAUCACAAGGCGUAUAGAAUUUGAGGACAAAUUAUUAUUAUGGAAUGCUCUUGUGGACAUGUACGCAAGAUCAGGUAAAGUUCUAGAAGCCAAAAGGGUGUUUGAUUCAAUGAGCAUAAGGGAUGAAGUUACUUAUACUUCCUUGAUUGCUGGAUAUGGGAUGCAAGGGGAAGGAGGAGCUGCUUUGAAAAUAUUUGAUAAAAUGAAAAGGUUUCAGAUCAAACCAGAUCAUAUAACUAUGGUUACAGUUCUGUCAGCUUGUAGCCAUUCAGGUUUAGUAGCUGAAGGCCAAAUGCUGUUUGAAAACAUGAUUAGGGACUAUGGCAUAUUGCCUCGUUUGGAGCAUUUUGCUUGCAUGGUUGAUCUGUUUGGGAGGGCUGGAUUGUUGCACAAAGCAAAGGACAUCCUUGUGAGGAUACCUUAUAAGCCCACCUCUGCGAUGUGGGCCACUCUACUAGGAGCUUGUCGGAUCCAUGGAAAUACUGUAAUCGGGGAAUGGGCAGCUGAGAAGUUGUUGGAGAUGAGGCCUGAAAAUUCGGGUUAUUAUGUGCUUAUUGCUAAUAUGUAUGCCGCUGCUGGUUGUUGGAACAAGCUAGCUAAGGUAAGGACUUCUAUGAGAGACGUUGGCGUCAAGAAGGUUCCUGGAUGUUCAUGGAUUGAUGUCGGCAACGGAUUUUCAUCUUUUGUGGUUGGGGACACACUCAAUCCUCAAGCACAUGAGCUUUACCCAAUAUUGGAUGGAUUGACUGAGCUAACGAAGGAUGCUGGUUAUGUUGCCAGAAAUGAUUUUGAAUCAGAUGAUGAAGGUUUUGAAGCAAUAGCAGUGUUACAACAGAAAAAAUAAAAAAAAAUACUAAUAAUCUGUUGUCCCAUCUUGAUUGAAUUUACCAUUCUUUCUUCAUGAAUAUUGAAGUUACUGUUGAACAUAGAAAUUUGAUUGCUUUGGCAUUUCAUUUUGCACGGUUAUUGUUAUUUACACUGUCAUAUCGCAAAAAGAAUUGAGAAUA